AGGCAGGCAGGCCUUGGGGAGGCCGAGGGGCCACGUCCUGAACGAAACCGGGGAGUCUGGGAGAGUCACGCGAUGGAAGGAGCAUGAGAGGGAGAUCACUGGGCCCCGGCUGUGUGUUUUGCAGGAGAGCAACCUCCCGUCCAGACAGAAGAAGUGACUUGCCCAAGGUCACACAGCAAGUAGCAGAGGAUCAAGAUGACCACAGCCGCCCCCACAGGGACAACCCCCUUCUUCUCACUGAAUGUCACCACCAAGGAAGAAGACGCUCUGUAUAAAAGUUCUGGAGCCAUCGUCGCUGGUGUCGUGGUGGUUGUCGUCCUCCUCCUCACCGCGGUUCUGUACGUGCUGAAGAGGUACAACAGCACUCGCCGGAUUGCCGGAACCUUCAGUUCCUCCCCGUAUGCCACUGGUGCCCAGCAAGGUGCUACCCCGGCGAUGGAGCUCAAAGAGAUUGAACCUGAGAAAAUGAGGGCAAAGCGGGAGCUGGAGCCCAAGGGCGCCAAGCCAGCCUCCUUUGCUGCCCAGGGCCCCAAGAGAGGCGGCGGCAAGCACUCUGCAUCUGUGACCUUCAGCCCUGUCGAUGUCCAGAUGAAGAUCCGGUGACCGGCCCACCCUGGUGCUGUCUUGGCCACACCGUCUGAAGAGCCUUCUGUAGUUCAGACCUAGAAGCACAUUUCUCCUCUGGCAGCUUCACUCUGAGUUUCUGCAAUCCCUGAUGCUUCAGGCAACCCCAACCCCACCUGGCCCUGCCCUGCCCUGCCCCCCCGCCCCGCCCCUGCUGUGUCCAUGUCUUUACUGCCACCUUACCCAAAACCGCAGAGUGCUCUUUUGUCAUCUGAGGAGGUGGAGCUAUGUUGGAAAUCCAGCGAUGUG